AUGGCGUCCGCACGCGCGCCGAGCUCCACGCCGGUGCCCACCACCGAAACUGCCGAAUCCGCCGGCGCAACAUCCACGGUCACGGAGCAGGAAUGGGAGGCCAUGGCCACGCUGCUCAAGAAUGUCUACGACUACCGGAUUGAUGACGGCACCUACGACCCCACGAAGCUCUUCCACCGCAAAGUGAACAAGCGCGCCGUGCCCGACUACUACGACAUCAUCAAGGAGCCCAUGGCCCUGAGCACCAUCAAGGCCAAGCUUGGACAGAAGGAAUACAAGAACUUUUCCGAGUUCGUCCGCGACCUGGCGCUCAUCCCCCACAAUGCGCAAGUCUACAACAGGCAGGAUUCGCAGGCCUACGUCGAUGCGCUAGAAGUCAAAAAGGCCAUUGAGCAGGAGCUGAAGAGGCUGGUCGACGAGAAAACCGUAUCCGAGUCCGUAGCUACCCUGCCCUUCCUGGGCGAAAUCCCCGAGCAAGACCCGCUGCUGCCGGAGGAGGAGGAAGAGGAGGAGGAAGAUGACGAGGAGGAGCUUGAGGUUGAUGAGGAGGAAGAAGACGAUGACGAUGACGAAGGCAAGCGCAAGAGGAGGAGGGCCCCGCGGUCCACAGCAGCCAUCUCCAAGCGCGAAGGCGGCUCGAGGGCGGCAAAGGAAGACGCUAAGAACGACGAUCCAGAGUCGCGGAAGAAGCGCGGGCGUCCACCGCGGGUCGAUACUCCCAUGGAAGCGCGAAUCAAAACCAUCAUGAAGGCUAUCCGGAAACCUCGCAACCAGCAGAACAAGCUCAUGGUCAGCGCCUUCGAGCGCGUACCCGAUAAGACGGUCAUGCCGGAAUACCAUUCCGAGAUCAAGAACCCCAUGGCCAUGGAUAUCCUGAAGCGCAAACUCAAGCGGAAGAAGUACAAUUCGGUAGACCAUUUCAUGGUUGACGUCGAGCUUAUGUUUGAGAAUGCAAAGCAAUAUAACGAGGAAGAUAGCCAGAUUUACAAAGACGCCAUUCACCUCCAAAAGGAAGCCCGAAAGGUCGCAAAGGCUGAGAAAGAAAAGCCCGACACCGACUAUGUCAUGGAAGAGGGCCGCAUACCCAUGCCCAGCGGUAUCGUUCAUAACGGAGAGUUGUGGAAGGUCGGCGACUGGGUACACAUUCAAAACGCAAACGACCUUACCAAGCCCAUUGUUGCUCAAAUCUAUCGCACCUGGCAAGAUGCCAGCGGCGGUCAGUGGGUGAAUGCCUGCUGGUACUACCGCCCAGAGCAGACCGUACACCGUUUCGAUAGACACUUCUUCGAGAACGAAGUUGUCAAGACCGGCCAAUAUCGAGACCACCGGAUUGACGAGGUCGUGGAUCGUUGCUUUGUCAUGUUCAUAACGCGAUACAACAAAGGCCGUCCGCGCGACUUCCCCUCAGACAAGGAGAUCUACGUCUGCGAAGCCCGCUACAACGAGGAAAACCACAAGCUGAAUAAGAUCAAGACGUGGGCUAGCUGCCUUCCUGAUGAAGUUAGGGACAAGGACUAUGUCAUGGAUCUGUUUGAUGCGCCGCGAAAACUCAAGAAGGUGCCUAGUCCGAUUGCCUAUCUGCUCAAGGACAGUCAAAAAGAGGAUGACGAGCUCCCAAAGCCAGAAUGGGGUGCUGAAAAUGCGCCUCCCAAGAUUGGCGCCGUCCACCGUCGUCCACGCGAUCCCAAGGAUUCACCACCCCCCGAGCCUACUCCGCCGCCGCCGCCCACUCCGCCGCCAGCGUCUGUAAUGCCAACUCCAAGCUUACCCACGGCUCCCUCGCACGGCUACGAAGCAUCAAGAAAUUACCCCAUAGCUCAAGCACCUUCUCUCACCCCAAUGCCUGCACCGACGCCCCAGCAACACCAUGUCGCUCCCGUGUAUACACCCACUCAUGCAACACAUUACCACGCGCACUCUCAGUCGCCUGCACCACACAUGCAUCACCAGGUGCCUCCAGCGCCCGCUUACCAACCUAUUACCCCACAUGUUCCCUUUACACCUCAACCCACUGCACCAAUGCAGCACUUUCAGACGCCACGACCCACGCCAGGCUAUCAGCAACCGUACCUCCAACAGAUGCCCUCCAACUACAAGGCGCCGCAGCCUGUGGAAGUUUAUGUCAUGGCCGAUCAUGCAAACAACAGCAUACCACCUGAGAUCCGUGAACAAUUCCAAUGUGACGAGAAAGGCCGUGUUCUUUUCUUCACCGCACCCCCGCUCAACGUGGAGCAACCGCUUACCAAGGAUGGACGCCCGCUGGGACACUCGGCACGCUACCUGGCAGCCAAAGCAAAGAAAGAGGCAUUGAAGGCUGCAAAACGCAAGGCGGGCGAGGGCAAUACUGACGAACGCGAGAGGGCAGCCAAGAAGGCGAAGGCGAACGAAGAGGAAAGGCUCAAAAAGGCAGUUUCUGACCUUAAUGCUAAAGCACUGAGGGCGCUUGGGGACCAGCUUGCAAUGACCACAAAAUCAGAACUCACUGCUAUAUUCAAUGGCCAGGCCCAGGAAGGGAUUGAAAAGAUCGUGGAUCAGCUGACUGCUGUUCAAAAGGAAACCAUGCAAAAGGAACUGGAGCGCGAGCUGCAUGCUCUAGAAAUAGAGGAGCGCAAACGGGUGACAGUGUCAGGUAUGACGGCGAGACUAGAGGAGAAGUACUAAUGGUGCUUUUGUACGAUUUGUCGUGUUUGUGAUAUCCAGUGUAACCAUGAAGGGAGAACAGGGCGUUUCUGACAAAUGUGUGAUUAUUGAUGGGCAUGGACAUUGGUUUCAUAGGUUACUGGCAUCUGGGGUGAGAAAUAGCAUAGGUUGAU